GUUCUCCUGCCCGUUCUCACAAUCAGUCCGCUUCCGCUCUAUCUCUUUCCCCUAUCCAAGCCAGAAACCCCCGGAAAGCCCCGAAAAGCUUCCCUGCCAUGGCGACCGCCGCCCAGGCCGCCGCCGCCGCCUUCCUCUCGUUCCUCUCUUCCUCCCCCAGCCACCACACCGCCCCCUCCUCCGUCUCCCUCGGGGCAACCCCUGUCCUACCAGUCUCCCUCCGGGCCGCUGCCGCCGGUGGCCCACGGCUGUCUUCCCCCCUCCGGGGCCGUCGCAUCAGCGCCGUCACCGCCCAGCUCCCCACCGCGCAUCCCGAGGUAGCCUCUGGGGACAAGAAGAUCAGAUGGUCUUCAAGGGCAGUGCGGUCAUUUGCAAUGGCGGAGCUGGAGGCCCGGAAGAUGAGGUAUCCUACAACAGGCACUGAGGGGCUCCUCAUGGGCAUUCUUGUUGAAGGAACUAGCGGUGCGGCAAAACUUUUGCGUGCUAAUGGAAUCACGCUUCUCAAUGUGCGUGAGGAGGCAGCAAAUGUGCUUGGGAAAUCAGAAAUGUUUUAUUUUAGUCCUAUGCAUCCACCAUUGACAGAAGCUGCACAACGAGCUCUUGAUUGGGCUGUCAAUGAGAAACUGAAGUCAGGCGAGGAUGGAGAAGUAACUGCCAAUCAUUUGCUGCUGGGGAUAUGGUCAGAUAAGGAGUCAGCCGGUCAUAAAAUCCUAGCUUCACUUGGGUUUGAUGAUGAGAAAGCCAGAUUACUCACCAAAACGGCCGGUGAAGAGGCUGCAAUGAGUCCUAGGUAGCAAAGUGAGGACCUAGUUAUUCUACUUCUUUGAGGCUGGUGGUGUGCACUUGGCAACCUCUAUGCACUUGCUGGCGGCUCAAGUACUGUCGACGCACACUGAGUCGGGUUGCUUCUGCAAAGUUUAGACAUAAGAUACGUUAGGUUGAAUCCAAUAUUUGUACUCCCAUUAUAGCUGAUGCCUGUAAAAGCGUUGUGAUUUCUUUGCAGGAUGGUGGCUUUUGUUCCUUGCGCAGCUGGAUUUAUGAACUGUUAGGUCAAAUCCGAUAUUUGUACUCGCACUACUGCUGAUGCCUGUAAAAACAUUGGGAUUUCUUUGCACGAUGGUUGCUUUUGUUCCUUGCGCAGCUGGAUCUGUGAACUGUUAGGUCAAAUCCGAUAUCUGUACUCACUAUUGCUGAUGCAUGUAAAAAUAUUGCGAUUUCUUUGCACGAUGAA